AUAUAAAAGGUCAGUCAUUCUCAUUUAUUUCCAUAUAUUUAUCUGUUCUUCAACGAGAAGUAAACACAAGCAUGGGUCUACAAACGUUUAUUUUGUUAGGAAUCGUUUCGAUAUCAGUCAUUAAUAUUUGUGUGGCUUCUGUCAUUUACGAUGCAACUGGAAGUCCAAAACCAAUGUGGCCCAUUUUAUGGCGUGACCCUUCGGCAACUUCCACCGACUUCCUUGCAAGGGCUCAAGAAAUUGCAGCUGCAAAAGUUAACAAAGGAUUUGAAAUGAAGAAGGAAGGAAUUAAAAUUGCCCAACAAUCGAUGAUGAACAAAUUUGCCAUGUUAGGCGCUGAUGAGAGCAAAAAGGCUACAACAAAACAACCCCCAACAACUCCAGAGCUGAGCCCAAACACUGAACGACUAUCCUCUUACAAUCCACAAUUACCAUAUUCUUCAUCUGAGGUCUCCGAAGAAGACCUACUAUCGGUUUAACAGGGAUAACAGCAUUAAUUACUUUAUAAAUGUUUUGCACAAACUAAGGUUUUUGUUUACAGUGACAUUUGUUAAUGUUUAUUGUUUUGUUGUUUAUAAGUUAACUUGUUUGUUGAAAUUGUAUAGAUAUUGUGGAAAAUUAAUACUUACUCAUGCGGUAGUGUUCCAUACGAUAAAAGUUUAAUUAUCGAAAGCUAUAACUAAUUAGGUGAACCAAAUAAUUACAACUAUUCCAUGAAAUAAGUAAUUAGGUACUUCAACAACGUGUACCGAUGAAGAUUUUAUCUGUCCCAGAUAUCGAAAUGAAAUACAAUUUUUAAUUGAAUGAGAGAUAGUAAUCAAACUUUUUUGACUUCAUUUGUAUCUUUCCUUUUUUUAAUUGUCGAAAAUAUAUUUACAAGAAAUGUGAAGUA